CGAAGGAAGCGUUAAUGCGGGUGCUAUCAAAACAAACGGUCCAAAUAACCUGAAUCAGUCCGCCAAGAUCUGCAAGUGCGGACGAAUAGUGUGGUUGACCGCGGCAAAUAAUUAACCUGUAAUCACUUUUUGUUCAUCUUUGAAUGACUUGCUACUUUCAGACUGAAUAGACAUGACACGCCAUCGUUUUUGCAACAUCUGAAAUCUUGGACAAUACAGCGAUAAAUCCUAUAAAAACAAUUCUUGCCUGGUGUCCACGAUCGGCUCCAUUUUGGAGACUGCAACGCAAUUCGAAGAGUUUAGCGAGCUAAGAGCAAGUUAUACGUUCUUUAUGUGGUUGUUCAUGGAAAUCCUGGCUCGGUGGUCGGCGAUUUUGCUUGCGCAGACUGAAAAAUAACUUGUGAAUGAAGACCCAGCGUUCUAAUGCUAGUGAGAGUGGAGCGCACAUUGACAGCACCCUGCAUCGUCGUGUAGCCAAACCGUUAUCUCACUGAAAAAUCCGCAGAGUCGGUUUUGAAAUGUAAUAAAUAUGAUAAGACGCUGAACAAAGAACAAUCGUGACACAUGUGGGACCUCAUCGCUAUUGAAUGAGAAGAACCCUGCCGUGGGGAAAACAAUUUCUCCAAGUCCUCCCAAAAGUGUUUCUUCUGUCAGCAAGUUCAGCAGAGCUGCAACUCGUCCAGCGCCAGCGCCGAAGAGCCCAGUGAGGAGAGCCGUGACUGUGAGAUGGUGAAGAUGACCAAGUCCAAGACCUUCCAGGCCUACCUGCCCAGCUGCCACCGUACCUACAGCUGCAUCCACUGUCGAGCACAUCUGGCCAACCACGAUGAGCUCAUCUCGAAGUCAUUCCAAGGCAGCCAGGGACGUGCCUACCUCUUCAACUCAGUCGUGAAUGUGGGCUGUGGCCCAGCCGAGGAGAGGGUUCUCCUCACAGGUUUACACGCCGUGGCAGACAUCUACUGUGAAAACUGUAAAACCACUCUGGGCUGGAAAUACGAACACGCUUUUGAGAGCAGUCAGAAAUACAAAGAGGGCAAAUUCAUCAUUGAGCUGGCACACAUGAUCAAGGACAACGGCUGGGAGUGAAGCCCCGCCCACUGCCCCGCCCACUUUCCCCUCUGCUCAGUGACCUCUUGGGCCGCUUUGUAGCGGACAUCAGAGUGACACCACACACACACACACACACACACACACACACACACACACACACACACACACUACCCUUCUCCUGAGACAUACAGACUCAACCGGAUCGUUCUGAGACUCUGAAAAUGGAAGGAAGGGAGUGUGGGAUGGGGAGUGAGGGGUGAAGAAAAUAAAACCCAAGGAGAUUCCAGCUGGCUAUCCGUGGUCACCAAGACUCCCCUCUCAGACGUACACAUCCAGACUUGAAGAAUUGCUCCGCCUCUCUUCCGGGUUUCUACUGGUUACUGGUUUUGGUGUGUUUGACCCUGAUGUGUCACCACCCGUCACAAGCUGUUAACAGUAUCAUCUUUCUUUUCUUACCCCUCUCAUUGUGGAUGAGCAGCGAAUGACGAGGUGUGUGUGUGUGUGUGAGAGAGAGAGCAAACGUGUGUUUGUAAUGUUUCUUUUAAUGCAGGAUUCUUGAAUUUCCCCCAUCAGACUGAAGUGACAGUUUAGUGUUUUUUCCCCUCCGUCUCAGAGACGUGUCUUUUAUGAGUGUGCUCAUUCCUUCUGUGUUGGAAUGGCAGGAGGCUCUGGGACUGGGGGAUGUCCGGGUACACUAGGCAGAAAUGAUUGACACGAAAACGGCUAUUUGGGUUUGGUGUGUGGAAAGGGGUGGAGCUAUGUAGCAGCAUCACGAAUUCUGUGGGAUGGGCUUAGGGAAAGGGGGCGGGCCAGUGGGUGGAGUUGAAGUACUGCAGUGGCAUUUUGUAUUUGUUGACAUAGGCCUGAUAGUUUACUCUGUCGUAUUUGCGAUUCUACUCCUUUGCUUUUCAUGGUCUUUCCCCUCUUCCUACAAUGACUUCACUGUGCAAUUUGUGUGACCCUCCGAUACAGUACAGUUUGAAGGCAGAGCAGGAGCUGGUCCCGCCUCUAGCUGUAACUGAUGCUGUAGGCGCAGUCAUGCGAAACGUGUAGCUUUUAGUGGUAGUGGUGGCAUUUGUGGCAGGUUCCAUUUUUGCAUCAGUACUAAUAAGUAAAUGAAGUUGAAUUUGUCUUUUUUAUGUCUGAACGCACCAGACAGCGGUGGGUGUGGGGUGCUGAAUCGCACGUCUCGCAACACGCGACGCUACCUUUUGUCAGAUGCAUCAUGUCGUUUCUGAUGGUUACAAGUCUUUACGGAUAUAUUGUUUCUUGGGGAUUUUUUCUUUCUUUUUAUUUUUGCUCGUGUGAUUACGCGCGUGCUUAUGCAUAUGUUCGGACACACGCAUGCAUGUCAGCCACGUGCAGGUGUGCUUCACGCAUUACGUUAUGGCAUACUUGAAUGCAGUUACUUUGUUUGCACUUUGCAGAGGCCUUGUUCGUGGGGUUUAGAGGCAAAAGUCUGUGUGGUUUUCAUGGCCUUUCGUGAAAAAUCGUGUGAUUGUAUUACAUGCUUUGAAUGAGGGUUGGGUGAUUGCUGGCAUGAUCAUCUCCCUUUAGAUUAUAAACUUUGCUGUUUUUACAUUUUGUUUUUUGUUCACGAAUCGGUAAACUCAAAACUCAGUUUUGUCUGUUUUUGGUGCUUUUCCCUAAAGAGCUGCAAGCACGUGGCGUAUUUUGAAUACACUAGUAUUUUGUCGAUUUGAUCAAGAAUGUGGAUGAGAAGUAGACAUUACUAACAAUCUAAGAAUCAAAGCCCUUCUUUAAAUGCAGGAGGGUAUAACAAAAACGACGUAUUGCAAAAAAACAAAAACAAAAACAAAAAACCCAAAAAAACCAACAAAAAACCGUGCUGCUAUUAAAACAAACGCAAUCCGUAACUUUCGCUUUCACUUUACACCACCUGCACUUUACCCAGGCCGCGUGAGCGCGCAUGCGAGUGGCUCAGUCCUUCAUGUGGUCCUCCCCUCACGCCUUUGCCUCUAAGCAACAUGAAUCUUGUGCCUCUUCAAAUGGGAAAAAAAAAUCCUUCUCUGUUGUGCAGUGCAUGACUCCAUAAAUCUAGUGCAUCUAUGGUUGCCCAUUUGGGCAAAAAAGAAAAGAAAUAAAAGAAAACUCAUAACCUCACAGAACGUUUAUCAACUGAAGACUAUAUUCAGAAGCGUAUGGUCCAAUAUAUUUUGUAGUUCUAGCUUUCAGAGUUGGAGUUAUCAAAUUAGUGGUUGUAUUAUGCAGAGCAUUAAAGGGGUCGGGUUUUUGUUUUUUUUUUUGUUUUUUUUGAGUUAUUCAAAUGGAAAGGGUGGGGCUUUCUUCCAGUUGCAAGAAAGAGGGUCAUAUAUUGUAGAUUUCUAUGAGUUCAAAUGGAUUAUUAUGAAGCUUUGGGAGUUGGAGGUAAGGAAUUGAGUCGGUGACAAACCCUCAGUUAGCGUUCAUCGCCGUUAAGGUCAGUCCGGUCACGUGACCUUUUAAUCAGUCAAAGUAAAUGCAAACAAAUAGUUGUAGAGAUAUCCUACUUGAAAAGAUAACAGCAAGAGUUACAGACGACAUUGUCCCUGUCUCAGUUUUGUACAUAAAGUAACAUAUUUAAGGUUUUAUAUACAUAUUUCUACUGGUUUAGUUCCUUUACUUCCCUGACUUGAAGCACUUUUGUUGACUGUACUUCUGGCUUUGUGUGUGUGUGUGUGUGUGUGUGAGAGAGAGAGAGAAUAACCUUGUGCAGGUGUUUGGUUAGUUUUCCUCUCGUUGUUCAUGACAUUUAGUUGUUGACUGUCAUGUUCCUUCUUUAUUUUCUUUCAGACUUGCUUUGUUUGCUGUCUUGUAACGUAGUGGUGAAAAUGAGGCUUUUUAUUUUCAUCUGAAGAGUCGCUUCUCCUCCCUUCUGGUUCUGUUGCUGAGACCAAGUCUGCUGGUCCCAGUUUAGUAUUGUACAGCGGUGAGCUGGAUUCACCUGACAAAACUUUUGCACCAGGAGAAUUGACAAACAUGCAGACAGACACACAGGAAGCAAGCGAGGACAGUGUCCCUGUCACUGUGCGCCAAAUAAUUGCUUUUGUUUAAGGGUCCCGUAGUUCAGCGCGCCGCUGUGUGUCACAGGUAUAGUCGCAAUCAAGAACGUCUCAACUGCUGGAAAUUCAACCACUUAGGAAAACCAAAAAUCAAGUGUGAUAUUCUUAAGUACCAGGUUCUGAUAUUUCUGUUAAUGGUUGUUUAUUUAUUUUUAAGUUUAGUUUACCCCCACUUAGCCAUUUUCUUUGUUGGCACUGGUUUUAAACUUUUUAGAAAACUUCAAUCUAUAGGAUUCAUCAUGCAAAAGGUAUUUAGGUUUAAGGCAUCAUAGAUAAGAAAAGGAAAUGAUUGUAAGUUUGAAGAGUUAUUUUCCUAGGACUGUUAAACGCAUGUAUUCCUAAUGGCUAUAUAAGUUGUGCCCGUUUUUUGGUUUUCUUUCUUCAAAGCAUCAAUGCAUUGCUUUUUUCUCCAUUCUACUUGAUUGCAUUGCUUUGCAUUCUGUUCCAGUAAAAAUGUCACAUUUGUCUGUUUUUCACUGUAUUGUAAAAACUAUCAUACCACAAUAAAGCUUAAAUGGCAUUUGAA